CAUCUCUCCUGCUCCCUCUCUCCGCGCCGCCCACUCCCUCUCUAGCAUCGAUCCGCCGCCGCAGCAGCAGCCGGUUCCUCCGCUUCAUCCCAUUAUCGUCUUGCUGCGCUUUCCUCGUUUUUUUAACGUUUUCCUCAUUUCUGUGAAGCAACGGAGCAGUAGUGGGAGCGAACCCCCUCCCCAUCAGCAUGGCGAACACCGAGGAUAAAGCGCCAAGCAAGGAGAACAAGUCCAGCUGGAAAGACUCCAUCUACAACCCGCGGACCGGGGAGCUGAUGGGGCGCACGGCCAGCAGCUGGGCGCUCAUCCUGCUCUUCUACCUGGUUUUCUACUGUUUUUUGGCUGGCUUGUUCGCCCUGACCAUGUGGGUCCUGCUGUUCACUCUGGAUGAUUACGUGCCCAAAUACAGAGACCGUGUUCCCUACCCAGGACUGGUGAUUCGCCCAAAUUCACUGGACAUCUCAUUUAACAAAUCGGACCCCCUGAAGUACGCGCAGUACGUCCAGCACCUGGAGAAGUUCCUUGAGAGGUACAACGACUCAGCGCAGGAGAAGAACGAGAACUGCAUUUCAGGAGAGUUCUACCUGCAGGACGGCCCUAUAAGUAUGGUCAGGAGGGCGUGUCCCUUUAGGAGGGCGUUACUGAGCUUCUGCUCUGGUCUGUCCGACACCAACUAUGGAUACCAGGAAGGAAAGCCUUGUGUGAUCCUGAAAAUGAACAGGAUCAUUGGCCUGAAGCCUGACGGAGAGCCUUACAUUAACUGCACAGUCAAAAAAGACCACCCAAUCCAAAUGUACUACUCCCCCAACAACGGCCAAAUCGAUAAGAUGUUCUUCCCUUACUAUGGCAAGAAGGCCCAUGAGAAUUACCUGCAGCCCCUGGUGGCCGUAAAGCUGCUGAUUACCAAGGAGGACUACAACAAGGAGCUGACCGUGGAGUGCCGGAUCGACGGCUCCAACCUCCGCAACAACGACGAGAGGGACAAGUUCCUGGGUCGCGUGACCUUCAGGGUCAAAGUGGUGGAGUAGAGAUGAGCAUGGGAAGAAACCAGACAAGGCUGCCCACGUCUACUCAAAGGGGUCGUGUUUGAGGAAAAAAGUGUCACAAAGGUGUCAUUUGGGAAUUUUGACACAGGCUUUGAAGCAAAUGAGAUUUGGGAUGUGGCUUUGUGUCCCUUCUUUCCUCCAUGAUUUCUUGCUGUCCUCAUCAAAGGUCCCCAGAGCAGAGCCGUCCUUUCUGAGUUCAUCCGUCGCAUCAUUAUUUAUCCAGUAUGCUUUGUUUUGUUUUUAGCAUUGGUGUGAUUUGAUCGAUUAUAGCCACUGUUGGAAGCUGUCUUGUAAACCGCUAAACCCUUUUUUUAGACCUUCUUUUGUGGUCCACCUGCCAUUAGGACGAGUGGGUUUCAGUUUCGUAGCCUCUCUGAGCUGCAGUCUUAUCACCGGGAGGAUUUGUAUCUUGCUGUAUAGUAGAACCGAGAAGGUAGAAAACGUCCAACACAUCUCCAGAGUAUUCUCUCAUCGAAAAGACUUAAUAGUAACAUUCCUAAUAUAGCCACUGUAUCCUGUAUAUGAAAUGCCAAUUACAGAGUCCCUCCAUGUAUGAAUACAUUGUGAUCUGUACCAUAUUUAGGGAAUUAUAUGUAGGUCUUUGUGUUGUGACUUGCAGAGCCACAACCUAGUCUUGUGCCGUCUGUCUGUCUGUCUGCAUGUCAGUCUGUCCGUCUGCCUGUCUUCCCGUUUACUGACCUUUCUGCGAAUGAACCUCCGGGACGCUGGGUGUCGAUGGCUGAGGUGUCAAAAUUGCUGGUAGAGUGGAGAGGCGCUGAAAAGGCGUUGCAAAAACAACAACUUCACUGUAACUAUGUACUGUAUCUUUACGUGAUCAGUAUACUUAUCUGGGUCUCAAAGAUUGUUUGUCAGUUAACUCUUCUUCAGCCUGUUUAUCUGAUUGUCUGCCAAUCUAUUACUCUUCGUUGUAUAUAUAUAUAUGAAACACUAUCUACCACAUUUACUUAACUCACAGUGUAUUUUUGUCACAAACAUGCUGUCUGUGCACUGUAAAGAAAUAAUUUAAGCAAAGAUUUACAGGAAAUGAUCUUAUUCAGAACUCUGUUUACACUGUCGUUGAAGGAACCCACAUUUCAAAGAACAACGUGUACCAUCUCUUCAGGGUGCCUUAAGACCUGAUGAAGCAACAUGUGGAAUAAAAGUGAUUUUGGAAAAACAUUCCAGCACA